UAUUUAUCAAAAAUAAUAUUAAACAGGGUACAGCACAAAAUAUGAAAUAACAUGUAAAUACUAUUAAAUUGGAGAACCAAAGUAGCUGGAAAUAAGGCAACGAUGGAUGCGUACAUACGAAAUGAGCUGAGUGUAGACAACGACUUAACGCUGGAUCAAGCUGCGACACAUUCCGCCAAGCUGCUCGCUUGGCUGCUGGAUUGCCAAGAUCAGAUGCAAUUGGGGCAGCCAAAGUAUCUUGAACUGACCCACACGGAUAUCGAGUGCAUGUUCAAGGCCACGUUGUACCUGCAUGAGUGUCAUGCACGGUAUGGGGAUGAGCUUGUGGAAGCUGUUCUGCUGCAGUGCCCCCAGGCGCAUGCCGCCAUUAGAGGCUACUACGACAAGUGUGAAACGGAUCGGGAACAGUGCAUCAAGGAGCUGUGCAUCAACAUUGUUAACGGCACGCACAACGGUCAUGCGCAUGCGCCACUUUUGUACCACAUGCACAAGACGUAUGCCGAAGUGCAGCCCGCUUGGGGCAUCAUCAAGGAUCUGGAUUGGUCAGCCAUGGCACAGAAGAAAGCCAACAGUACGCUGGACGCGGCAACAGCAGCAGCAGCAGUCGAAAUGAAUGUCAAUGUGCUGCAAAUGCGUCAAUUGGUGCGACGCAUCUUUCGCCUGACCACAGUGGACGACAUCAAAAUUGCUCUCAAACGCGCCAUGCGGCUCAUCAGCUGCGAACUGUGGCUGCAGCUGUUUCGGGAGCCCAAGGAGAGCAUUUUGCAUACACGCUGCUAUGUGCUGCGCCAAAUGAUCUGUGAUAUGCUAGCGGAGGGCACAGCAUGCCCGGCAAGCGCUUGCUUUGUGCAAAACAUAUACCACUUCGUUGCCAACGGCAGCAGCUCCAAUGUUUCGCGCCUGUUCUGCUGGCUAAUGCAUGCCCGCUUCGCUGGCGCCUUGGGCAGCUAUUUGUAUGGCUAUUGGCAGCAGCAGUUGCCGCAUCUGCGCUUGGAUGACGUGCAGUGCACAGGUGACGCGCCCAUGUCAGCGCUGUCGCUGGACGAGAUGCUCUAUUUGACACAUUUGCUGCUCACAACCAAAUCGCCGUGUCGCAGUCAGUUCUAUGGCGAGCUACAGACGCUGCCGCAGCUUGGUCGGCUGCGGGAACUGCUCAAUAAAGUGGCCUACGUUUAUAGCUAAUAACAUGGGUUUUAAUUGCUUGACAAA